AUGAAUUCAUUGAAAAGAAAGCUCGUGUUACUUGGAUAUGAAUCGUAUGAUAUCGAAAAAGACGAUUUUUAUCGUAUGAUUUUAAAAAUCGAAGAAGAAAAAAUUAGAUUGUAUAAGCCAAAAGAAAGAGAAAAACUUAAUUACACAAAAGAAAAAAACUAUAUUGAACAUAUAUUAAAAUAUUUAAAAAAAUUAAAUAUAAAUGUAGCAAAUAUUAAUAAAACAAAUAUUAAUGAAAUAGAAAUAAAAAAAUAUAUUUUAAAUAAUUUAACUACGUUAGCAUUGCUUGAUGAAUAUAAAGAUUUGACAUGUUUUGACGAUGCCAAAAAUGAUGAAUGUCAAGAUACUCAAUCGAACGAUGAGCAAGCUAAAUGUAUAGAAGGAAAUAUUUCUGAUCAAACAGUGACUAAUUUUUUUGAAUUAAAUUAUAUGAACAUUUGUGAAAAAGAAGAAUGUGAUAAAAAUAAAGAUAAACUAAUAAUAUUGAUCGACACAAUUAAUGACAUAUUUAAGAAGUAUGAUAUACCAUUAUUAAAAAAAGAUGAUAUUAUUAAAAAUAACAAAAUAUCUAAUGUUGUUUCUGCCUUACGUUUAUUAAAGGAAAAAUUAAAAACGAAAGAAAAAAUUCAAAAUGAAAAUUAUGAAGAUCUAUUCAAUUUUAACAUUAAUGUUAAUAACAAAGAUAUGGCUGAUUUUGCUUAUAUUUUAAGAUAUAUAUUUAAUGAAAAAUUAAGAGAUCGAAAGGUACAUAUCAAAAAUAUUCUUAAUGAAACCCAAAUACUGACCUAUAAUCCUAUAAUAGACAUAAAACAAGGAAAAGUUGGAAGGUAA